AUGCCAAUUCCCUUCCUAAUGUACGUCAUCGGCCACGGUCCGCCGGACUGGCUUCGCGACAACGCAUACACCAUCAUAACCGUCGCGACGACCGUAACAUUGCUUUACUUCUUCAAGAGAUGGACGUCUGGGCAGUUGAAUCCCUCGGAAAAGAAUCUCCACGGCAGAGUGGUUAUGUUUACUGGUGGCACAUCGGGAAUCGGUGCGUUAGCGGCCCAGGAAAUGGCGGCUCGAGGUGCUCAAAUAAUCCUCUUGACACACACACCGCCUUCCGAUCUCUUUCUUGUUGAAUACAUACAAGACAUGCGCGACCGAACCAAUAACCAGUUGAUUUACGCCGAGCAAGUCGACCUAUCGAGCUUACAUAGCGUCCGAAAAUUUGCGACAAAGUGGAUUGACAAUGCGCCGCCACGGAGGUUGGACAUGAUUGUGCUCUGCGCUGCAACAAUGACACCGCCGGGGGGCAAGAGGCAGGAAACGAAGGAAGGCAUCGAAGAGACAUGGAUGGUGAACUAUUUGGCCAAUUUCCACCUGCUGGGGAUAUUGAGCCCUGCAAUCAAGGCCCAGCCGUUUGAUCGAGAUGUGAGGAUCAUCAUGGCGACGUGCUCGUCGUACAUUGGAUCACCUUCGUUGAAGGAACCCGUCGUCGAUAGAAAUUGGUCUCCGUCUACGGCUUACGCUAGAAGCAAGCUUGCCCUUACCGUGUUUGGCCAAGCAUUUCAGAAGCACCUUGACACCUACAAACGCCCCGACCAGCUUCCAAUGAACGCCAAGGUCAUUUUUGUUGACCCUGGCCUGAGUCGAACGCCAGGAAUGCGACGCUGGCUAACAAGAGGGUCCCUGUUUGGCCUGGCCAUCUAUGUCGUUGGGUAUGCGUUUCCGUGGCUUUUGCUCAAGUCGCCAUUUAGAGGCGCGCAAUCUAUUCUUUACGCAGCCAUGGAAUCUAGCUUAGCCGUAGGUCACGGGGGCAGGCUGAUAAAGGAAUGCAUGGAGGUGGAUUUUGCUCGCAGCGAUGUGAGAGACGACGAAGUGGCCAAAAAAUUGUGGGAGGAAAGUGAUGCAUUGAUUGAAAGGACAGAGAAGGCGUCGGCGAAGGCCAGGGCUGUUGAAAAGGCGGCAAAGGAUAAGGAAGAUGAGAACAAGAAGGAACAAGAAAAAAUCGAAGAGAUUGAGGGGUUGGUUGAUACGAUUCGAAAGGGCAAACAGAAACAACAACAAAAGCAGGAGAAGGAGAAUCAAAAGUUGAAGGGCGGGAAGAAUAAACCGUAA